CUGCACUUCCCCUCAUUCCUCCCUCUAUUCGUCUUUCCGCCAUCUGCCAUGUCUCGGAAAGUCCUCCCAUUGCCCGCAGAUUUUAAAUGGGGAUAUGCAACAGCCGCAUAUCAAAUUGAAGGGGCAGUAGAUGCUGAUGAUCGAGGUGCCUCCAUCUGGGACACCUUCAGCCAUCUCUCUCCAACACGUACCAAAGACGCCCAUGGAGAUAUCGCAUGCGAUCAUUUCAACCGGUAUCAAUCCGACAUCGACCUCAUGGCCUCGUACGGCGCCAAACACUACCGGUUCUCUCUCUCUUGGUCCCGCAUCAUACCACUUGGUGGCCGUAACGACCCUAUCAACGAGGCAGGUAUAAGUUUCUACAAUAAACUGAUCGAUGGCCUACUUGAAAAGGGCAUAGAACCUUGGAUCACGCUCUACCACUGGGACUUGCCUCAGGCAUUGGAAGAUAGAUAUGGUGGGUGGUUGAAUCAAGAAGAGGUGCAGAAGGAUUUUGUGAGAUAUACCUCAGUGUGCUUUGAGCGUUUUGGAGACCGUGUCAAGCAGUGGAUCACAUUCAACGAGCCGUAUAUAGUAGCUAUAUUCGGUUAUGCAACUGGUAUCAUGGCCCCUGGUCGAAGCAGCACCAACCCAGCCAGUAAUGGCGUCGGCAAUUCGGCGACGGAACCGUGGAUUGUAGGCAAAUCGCUUAUCAUGUCUCAUGCCCUUGCCACAGAAGCAUAUAACCAGAAGUUCGCAAAGACACAGGCUGGACAGGUCACCAUCGUGUUGAAUGGCUACUACUACGAGCCUUGGGAUGCAGAUAACCCACAAGACGUCGAAGCAGCACAGCGGCGGUUGGAGUUCUAUAUCGGCUGGUUUGCGGACCCAAUCUUCCUCGCGCAAAACUAUCCUGCAAGCAUGCGCGAGCAACUAGGCAGCCGCCUUCCUGCCUUUACUGAAACCGAACUCCGCAUCCUCGCUGAAAACAAACCCAAGUGGUAUGGUAUGAAUCACUACACAGCGGAGUUUGCGCGCGCCGAACCCAGCCCUCCUGCGAGCAUCAACUUCACGGGCAAUGUGACGGAGCACAUCAACAACAAAGCCGGCGUGGAAAUCGGGCCGCAGUCAGGCGUCUCCUGGCUGCAGGUGUGCCCUGAGCAGUUCCGAAAACUUCUUAAUUGGGUAUGGAAUCGAUAUGGGUGCAUGAUUAUCAUAACGGAAAACGGUUGCCCGUGCCCAGGCGAGUCUGGGAUGGAUUUUGCACAAUCGAUUGAGGAUGACUUCAGAGUGAAGUAUUUUGAGUUGUACCUUGAUGCCAUCUCGAAAGCUAUCAAUGAUGAUGGGGUGCCGGUUGGUGGGUAUUUUGCAUGGAGCUUCAUGGACAAUUUUGAAUGGCAAAACGGAUAUGAUAUUCGAUUUGGGGUCACCCAUGUGAACUAUGACACACAGGAGCGCACACCUAGGAAGUCAGCGAGAUAUUUGAAAUCAACUUUUAACGAGAGAAUGGCUGCGAAUACCAUGGCAAGAUAUAGAAACGCACUUUUGUAGUAACUAGGAGACUAGAUAGAACUUCACAAUAGAUAGACUCAUUGCACAAACACGAAGACGUUGUAUAUUCACAGGAUCAGUCGGGGGUAG